AAUUAAAUAAAAUUUUUAAAAAAGUAUUAAUAUUAAAAAAAUAAUAAUAAAGUUCAGAAAAUCAGUUUAAAAAUAAGUCAAAAAUAUUAUAAAUAAUAGUGUAUAACAAAAUAUUUCAAAUUAAAAAAAUUUUAAAAAACUAAAGGAAUUUCAUUGAUUUGCUUUAACAGCAAAUUAAUUACAAAUAAAAUGAUUAAACAAUAUCUUUAUUUAGAAUAGAAAUUGAAAAAAGAGAAAAUAAAUAAGGAAACAUAAACAUACAAUUCUCUAUGAUUUUGAUAUGCAGAUACAGAAACCAAGAAGGAGCGGGAGAAAGAAAGAAAAUAUUUUACUGGUUUAAUGAAAUGUCAUAGAAAUUUAUGAUUUAAAGUCUACAAAUAAAAAUAAAAUACAUACAAAUAAAAAUAACAUAGAAAUUUCCAACAAAAUGCAAUUGUAUAAUAAAGCUACUAACAAAAACGGCAACAACAAUGAAUAUAACAACAAAUUCAAAUGACUAAUACAAAACUACGAAUACAACAAAAUCUACAACAAUUGCAAAAACAAAUUCAUGUGAGAAUAAAUAUGAAAUCAUGUAAUAAAAAUCAACAAAAAUAAUAGAAAACUAUCUGGAAAUAUAAAUAUUUUAGAAAAAAAUAAAUAGUUUUUGUUGUUGCUACAAUAAAAAAAGAUUUUUAUCAACCUAACAAAUAUAAAAAAAAAAACAAAAAUGUAUACUAUCCACUAAAAAAAGAGAUGAUUCUAAAACAAUAGUGAAAUUGCACAACAAAAUAACAAAUUUAUCGUAACUUAACCACCGAAAUAGACAAAAAAAUUAAAGCAACAAAAGAAAAUACUUAAACACAUGCACAACAACAGUUUAAACAGUAAAAUAUAUACAUAUUUGUACAUAAAAAUAUAAAUAAAUUAUUUGUAACUGUAAUAAAGCAAAAAAUAAAUAAAGUAUCGAAAUAGUCCAAUAUUUUUAUUAUUAUUUCAAUACAUAUACCAGCAGCUAUUGCUUUACAGUCUCAGCGACUUUAACAAUCCAUAAAAUACUUGUAAAAAUAUCUAUAAAAUCAACCUCAAAAGAUGGCUUUGCGUAUUUCGGCGAAAUAUAAAAAUCAUUUAGGACUCAUCAUUUAUGGUUUCACUGGACUUUUGUUGUUAACAACAGCAACAUCAUAUACAUUAGCUGGACGUUUAUUUGAUGUUACAAAUUUGGAAUAUGAAAAAAUUAUAGCAGAGGCUGGCAAAAAUGUUACCAUACCCUGUCCGGGUGUCACCGAACAUUCCUUAGUGGAUACGCUGGUAUGGAAAACAGCCACAACAACAAUAGCCCAAUUUGCCAAUCGUAUACCCUUGUUACAUAGUCCUAGAAUACAACUUUUAUCGGAAAAUUUUGCAUUACAUUUUGCACCAGCCUUAGCUAUAGAUACAGCAGAAUAUAUAUGCCUAGUAAAUGACCGUCAUAUACCAGAAGCAAUUGUUGAUUUACUGGUGCAAGAUGUACCAGAUCCACCUGAAAGACCACUACUGAUAAGUUUUACAUCACGUUCAGUUAACUUAUCAUGGGCCCAUUCACAACAUCCACGAAAUGCCCCGGUAACGCAUUUUAUUAUUGAAACUAGAGUGGGCGAGAAUGGUCAAUGGGAUCAAGUGCCACAAAUACAAACAAAAUCGAAUGUGACAUCGUAUCAAGUAACUGGUCUCAUACCAUUUACAGUGUAUAGUUUUCGUUUGAAAGCAGUCAAUAAAUUGGGCAUAAGUCCACCCUCCAAAGAAUCCUACUACAUAGUGACCUUGCGUGAGG